CGGACCUAACGGACUAAGUCAAAGACCCCGAUGCUAACGGUUCACUUAUCCUCCAAUCCCAACGUCUAAUCACACUCAAAUGCCUACCUCCAAGACACGCAAUUGGUCUUGUCGCUCUAACAAUCUUUGUGAUUGGAUCAAAUCUGAUGUCACUCAGCAAUCGGGGCGCUUAUGUCUCCUACUCCCGCGGCAGACUUAGCAUCCCGGUGCUACGCAACUUAAUUGAUCGCAUAAUGUGUGAACACCACCCAUCCACAGACUACAAGUUUAGACACCAGCGACAUGUCUGACGAAUGCAGCACGGCACCCACUCUUGUUGACUCAAGUGACCUUUCCACUCCCGAAUUGUCUCCACCCGCCUCCGACUCUGAAUCAUCGAACGAUGGCGCCUUCUUUUCCGCCCUCUCCUCCUCUGAUGAGACACCUGAUGUCAUGACUGAUAUCUCCGUUCAUAUCAGCUCAAAGACAAAGUCUCCUAUAGCCCUAGAGUUUCCAACCAUGAACAUCCAGUAUACCUCUCCAGAGAAAGUAUUUCGCGUUGGGAAAAAUACCCGACCCAGAGUUCCUCCUCGCAGACCGGCUCCUCUGCCUCUUGUGGACUCUCUCCCUUCCUCUCCCACGUACAGUCGCCCGCGAAAGCUGCAAAAGCCCAGGCGUACCUUUUCGGAUUCUGACGAUUCAGCGCCAUCUUCACCCUCCUUCUUUUCACGACCAGUCGGCCUUCUCCGUAGGGCAACAGGCUAUGCGCCCAUAAAACCAUCUUACAGGACUCGUCGCAGUUCACUGCCCAGCAUUCCCUCUGCUUCUACAUUCCCUAUCCAUAAUCACAAUGUCCGAACUCGUGCGAACGAGAGGGCUGUCAAGUUUCAAUCUCCCCUUCACGAGAAUUCCCGUUGCUCUCACCGUCGGCGUGCCCGUUCUCCCUAUCCAAACAGGAAUGCCAGCACUGAUGCACUCGUGUCCCUUGCUUGGACCGGCGAAUUCCCAUCCUCUGCGUCUGUGAACGCAAAGUCAAGCAUGGGCGACACGUUCUUCUAUUCUUCAAUGGGUAUUGCCACCACAUCCCUCAAAAAUGGAUGGAAAUCGACAUGGAGUUUCUCCGGGGAGCGGGCGGAUGAUUGGGAUGAUACCACAGAAGACAACGACAUGGUGGUUAUGUCGCCGCCAGUUGCCGUCCCUCUUCUGUCCCCGCAAUAUCGAGGAGAGCCUACCAAGGGUCAUCGUAGGCGCUGGACCCUGGCAAUGGCAAUCACAGACGAUGGAAUUUCCGACGAAAUGUUGAUGGACGAAUUGGAAAGAAUGAGGACUGUAGAGAAGAUGUGGCAGUGGGAGUGGCGAAGGAACGUCAUGACUCCUUCCACGACAUCCACUGUCUCUACUGCUGAUCCAAGGAUGCCUCUGAUCGAUGCCUCGCACGAUGAACAUGCUACGCUCAAACCUUCUUUGCCUUGUUUGUCCGAUCCAGCUCUUAGCGCGGUUUGGCAAAGUGCCCGACGAGCAUUGCUCAUUUGUAGGGAAUUUGUUCGCACCGAGCGACACUAUCUAUUGGCCAUUCGUAGGCUCUCAUCCGGUGAUACCUUGACCUCACCUCCGGCUCUAAUGCUCACCUACCUACCGGCUCUCCUAGAAGCUAGCGAGGAGCUCCUGAAGGGGCUGGAAGCGAAUCCGAGCGCACAAGGUGUUGCUAAUGCUUUUCUUUCCUGCGAAGAUAAACUAGAUGCGGCGUUGGUUGGAUGGUGCGGCGUCGUUGGGGGAUUUUUCGUUGGUGCUGACGAAGGAGUGGCAAAGCGAGAGCGUGCAAGCAGUGCUACAACGCGAAAAGUGGAUGCAGAUGCAGCCAACAGUACUAUCAAACGUCGAGUGAACUCUUGGGGCAAAAGGAUCAACUCUUUUAAAGCUCUUGGAGGCAGCGCUCCUCCCACCCCCUCCCUGGAGUCAACCAAGUUGCCCUCAAAACGGGAACGAGGUCGGCCAUCCGUUCGAGAUUUGGCCAUUCUACCUACCCAGCGUGUCAUGCGAUACACUUUGCUAUUCAAAGAUUUAUAUUCACAUACCCCCGUCGGCAACUCUUCUCGCGACGGUGUAGAAAAGGCAAUGAGCGCCGCUAUUUCUCUUGCCCAGAAAUGUGAUAGAGCUCAGGGAAAUGCCGCGUUCCUGCACAAACCCACAAAAAACAAAUGAGCGCUGGGCUGGAUACCCGGCUAUUUAAUUAUUUUUUAUGUACCAAUGCUUUUUUUUCCAUUUGGGGCCUCGGAGGAGUUGGAUUUCAUUUGUAUUCUUCGCUAAACGUUGUUAAUAGCCAUCGAUGUAGUACUUGUACUAGUAAUCAGUAGACAUAUAUGAUCAACUUACUAUAGACACUUCCAUGCUAUCAUGUCGGUGGCCGGAUGGGAAGGAUUAUCUGUAUUUGGAGCACCAUUGA